CGAGCAGGCACACGCACACGUAUAUAAUACGGGAGUCCAUUAGUCGGUGUGUGUGCAAUCGAGCAAUCGCAGUGCGCGCGCGCGAAACCAAGCAGUCGGUCAAACACUAUUCGCUACGAGCCGAGGAGGGACGUAUAGCGACUCAUUACAGUCAGCGAGCAGCAGCAGUCAGCUUCCAACUUCGGAGUUCAGUGCUUGUCGACCAGCCGCGAGAGACAGUUAUUUGUCGUCCACUUGGUGUAUAAUACUUUAACGAGUAAGCUUCACAACAAAAUCAACAAAAAUGGUUGCUGAUGAAAAAAUUCCAAUCUACGCGCCGUUCUUCGGUGUUAUGGGUGCUGCAUCGGCCAUCAUUUUCUCCGCUCUGGGAGCGGCAUAUGGCACGGCAAAAUCCGGCACGGGUAUUGCAGCCAUGGCUGUGAUGAGGCCCGAACUUAUCAUGAAAUCCAUCAUUCCCGUUGUCAUGGCUGGUAUCAUCGCCAUCUACGGUCUCGUCGUAGCCGUACUCAUCGCCGGUGACCUCGCCGCGUCCGGGGCAGAAAAGUACACCCUCUUCAAGGGUUUCAUUCACUUAGGUGCUGGUCUGGCCGUAGGUUUCUCCGGUCUUGCGGCCGGUUUCGCCAUCGGCAUUGUUGGUGAUGCCGGUGUCCGAGGUCAAGCCCAACAGCCACGUCUCUUCGUCGGUAUGAUCCUCAUCCUCAUUUUCGCUGAAGUAUUGGGUCUCUACGGUCUCAUCGUUGCCAUCUACCUAUACACUAGCUCAUAAAUACUGCGAGCGGGCGAGAUCAACGAGAAAUAUAAGAACAGCUGCUGUGAGAAAGGAGAAAGAUCGCGACGCUCCUUGCUGAAAUAUAGACCAUUGAAAAACACAAUAUUAUUAUAAAUAUGAAAACAAAAACAACGGGAGAAUAUCUAGAGUCAUUUUGACAUCUUUUUGAUUCGUGAUUUCUACGCUUAUAUUUAAUUAUUAAUUAUUAAUAUUAUUAUUGUUGUCAUUACGUUUUUUUUGUGAAGCUGUCAUCGUCGAUCAUCUCUCUCUGCAUACUUCCUACAUUACGAAAUGAAAAGUAACACAUUCAAAUAGUUCUUGUAAUUAAAAUCAGUUAUAAACUUUUUGGAUUUGAUGCAUUUAACUUUUAAGAGAACACAUGUUAUUAUCAACAAAUUAAUUACAUGUACUGUAAAAAGAUUAUUUAUUGAGUAAAUUUUUAACAAAAAUCAUUAAUUCGCAUCAAAAGUUUCAAAUUGUACACUAUAACGAAUAUUUAUGUUUUAAAAAAACGCUAGAUGUGUAGAUUAAAUUUUAAAAAAGAGCCGUGUUGUUAUAAUGAAAUUCGGGCAUGAUAUAACCACUGGAUCUGAUUAUUGAUCCAGUUGAUGAAAAUACAAUUGUUAUCGAUAAA